AUGCGCCUGUCGUCGCCAAGAGGUGACCACUCCCCCCCCCAAAAAGACUUAUCAUGCCUCCAUAUCGACUCGACCGCCAUUGUCUAUAUCAGUGCUUUCCGUCCGCCCCCUCCCAAACGUGCUGUGAGUGUGAUAUUGGUCCUCCAGCCUUCGUCUCUCAGUAGGUCCUGUCUCUCUUACACACACAUAAACACAGUCGUCAAGAUGCUCGGCCUCCUCACCCUCGCGCUCGCCGCCACGGCCAGCGCCACCAACACCACCAGGAUCCUCCGUCCCAUCCUCCGUCCGGAGUGCAACAAGGCGGACCCGGCCAACCUGGUGCCCUCCAACGACGUGACGCUCAACUACGGCGCCAAGGACGAGAGCCUUGUAAGCGUCGUGUUGGCCAUGAAGUACCCCUCCGUGGUGCUCGAGGAGGUUGAGGCCGUCGCUGCUGUCGACUGCGCCGAGACCAGCAUCACCGUCACCUUCAACGCGACGGCUGCCUUUGAGCAGACGUCGCGUGACUGGCAGGCUCUCGACGACUUUGUCAUGAUCACAAACCACCUUGGCAACUGUGAUGUUGAGAACGAGCGUGGUUUCUUCCUCGUCGACACCGUCUCUUUCGACGCUGCCACUCUCAAGGUAGUUGCCAACGCCCACAAGAGCGAUGUCGCCAACACGGCUAUCUCCACGGAGAUCUCCUUCUCCAACGUCCCAGUUGAGAACCCGGCCUCCAAGCGCGACAUCAAGUGGGACGAGAACGGCGUGCACAUCUCCAACACGCUCUCGCUCCCCUCCGCCACCACCCUCUUCACGGCCGACCCCUACCUCGCCAUCACGGCCGACGAGGCCUCCCUCAGCUCGUCCAUGACCUUCUCCGGCAAGCUCAAGUACACCGUCGUGCCCCCCACGGUCGAGGAGCUGUCGCUCGACGUCGACACCACCUUCGCCGCCACCCUCGGCCUCACCGUCGACGUAAAGGCCCCUUACUCGGGCAACUUCACCUACGACCCGGAGGACCCCGGCUACUACUUCGUCGACAUCCCCGGCAUCAUCAAGCUCGGCCCCGCCCUGGGCUUCGCCAUCGGCGUCGAGCUCGAGGCCGACGCCAAGGCCUCCAUCACCACCGACCUGGGCCUGUCCUUCCCGGACGCCAGGCUCCACCUCGACCUCGUCAACUCCUCCGCCACCGCCGCCACCGGCUGGGACCCCGUCUGGACCGCCAACGCGAACAUCUCGCAGAGGGCCGCCGUCGGCGUCAACCCCUACGUCGAGCUCGGCGUCCAGGUCGUCUUCAACAUCCUCGGCGGCGCCAUCGACCUCAGCACCGGCGUCACCUCCCACUCCAAGCUCGUCAACGACUUCACCCUCAGCGCCAGCCAGGAGGUCGGCAGCGGCGGCGUCGGCAUCGGCCAGGACAACACCAACUGCCAGGAGGGCUUCGCCAUCAAGAGCGACUUCUUCUUCAGCGUCGUCGCCUUCGCCACCAAGUGGUGGUCCCAGGAGCUCUACAGCGUCGAGGUCCCUGUUGCUAACGAGUGCUACACUUGGCUGUGA